CGAUGUGUAACAAGUUCUCUCCCUCUCUCUGUUUCUCUUGUUUCUCUUACCUCAUUUCUUUCUCUCUCUCACCAUGUGAAGCAUUGGGAUCUGUGCCACUCGUUUGCCUCCUGAAUCAGUUUGGUGAUGGUCAACAAGUGUUUCCUGUGGACCUGAUCGAAGACUGGAUGUGGUUGUAACUAUGGUUACAUCAGGGUGGGGGGCGCGGGCCCUCUCCCCUUGUGGCCUUGUGCUGGUCAUCUAUUCAUCUCUGUGUUUGUCCCAGCAGUCUCACAUCAAACCUGCAGACUGCAACAGAAAAGAACAUCCUGUCGUCUCGUAUCAAGCGUUGAGGCCAUGGAUGUCAGAGUUCUCCCAACCAGGAGUGAAGGAUUUUUCCCAGCUGGCUCUGGAUCUGAGUAGAAACCAACUUGUUGUAGGAGCAAGAAACUUUCUCUUCAGACUGAGUUUGAGCAACGCCUCCCUUAUACAGGCAACAGAAUGGGCACCGGAUGAAGACACCAGGCGUUCUUGCCAGAGCAAGGGGAAGUCAGAGGAGGAAUGUCAAAACUAUGUCAGGGUUUUGUUAAUGAGUGGAAGGAUGCUCUUCACGUGCGGGACCAACGCUUUCACACCCGUCUGUAUAACUAGGCAGAUUGGUAAUUUAAGUCACGUUUUGGACACAGUGAACGGUGCUGCUCGAUGUCCCUAUGACCCCCGCCACAACUCCACUGCCAUGGUAACGGAGAAGGGUGAGUUGUAUGCCGCUACAGUGAUCGACUUCUCAGGACGUGACCCUGUCAUCUACAGGAGCCUGGGGAACAUGCCACCACUGCGCACCGCCCAAUACAACUCCAAAUGGCUCAACGAGCCUCAUUUUGUGUCUGUUUAUGAGAUUGGUCGGUUUGCGUACUUCUUCCUGCGGGAAACUGCUGUUGAAAACGAUUGUGGGAAGAUGGUGUUCUCUCGUGUGGCCCGGGUGUGUAAGAAUGAUAUGGGUGGUCGUUUCCUUUUGGAGGACACAUGGACCACCUUCAUGAAGGCUCGACUCAACUGCUCCCGUUCAGGAGAAAUCCCGUUCUACUACAACGAGCUGCAGAGCACUUUCUAUUUACCAGAGCAGGACCUGAUCUAUGGCAUCUUCACCACCAAUGUCAACAGCAUAUCAGCUUCUGCUGUCUGUGCCUUCAACCUGAGCUCCAUCACCCAGGCCUUCAAUGGACCUUUCCGCUACCAGGAAAACCCCCGCACUGCCUGGAUGUCCACCCCAAAUCCCAUUCCCAAUUUCCAGUGUGGCACUCUCGAGGAAGGUGGUCCUGGAGGGAACCUGACAGAGCGCAGCCUCCAGGAUGCCCAGCGGCUCUUCCUGAUGAAUGAUGUGGUCCAGCCGCUGACCGUCAACCCCCUGCUCACCCAGGACAACCUCCGCCUCUCUAAAUUGGUGGUGGACAUCGUGCAGGGCAAAGACACCCUCUACCAUGUCAUGUACAUCGGCACUGAAUAUGGCACCAUCCUGAAGACACUUUCCACAACCAAUAAAAGCCUUCAGGGCUGCUACCUGGAAGAGCUCAGGAUCCUCCCUGAAGGGAAACUUGGGCCAAUCAAGAGCCUACAAAUCCUCCACAGUGACAGGUCUUUGUUUGUGGGGCUUGAAGACCGACUGCUGAAGAUCCCAUUGGAGCGCUGCUCCAGCUACCCAACUGAACGUCACUGCAUGGAAGCUCGGGACCCUUAUUGUGGCUGGGAUCACAAACAGAAGCGCUGCACAACCAUUGAGGAAAGCUCCAACAUGAACCAGUGGACCCAAAACAUCACACAGUGCCCAGUGAGGAACCUGACUCAGGAUGGUGGUUUUGGCCCUUGGGCAACAUGGCAACCGUGCAACCACGAUGACGGCGAGGGCUCCGUCAGCAGCUGUAUGUGUCGGUCCCGCUCGUGUGACGGACCUGUGGCCCGGUGCGGCGGGGUUGAUUGUAAAGGCCCAACCAUCCAAGUGGCAAACUGUUCCAGGAAUGGUGGCUGGACUCCCUGGUCAUCAUGGGGUCAGUGCAGCAGUAGCUGUGGUAUCGGAUUCGAAGUGAGGCAACGGACUUGCAACAACCCUUCACCUCGCCACGGCGGCCGAAUCUGUGUAGGCCAGGGUCGAGAGGAGAGGCUGUGCAAUGAGAAAAAGCCAUGUCCACUUCCAGUGUUAUGGACAGCGUGGGGACCCUGGGCUCACUGCAGUGCUGAGUGUGGAGGAGGGGUCCACUCCAGAACCAGAAUCUGUCAGAAUGGAAACAGCUGUCCUGGAUGUGCCACAGAGUAUAAAGCCUGUAACCUGGAGGCCUGCCCUGAGGUGCGCCGCAACACCCCCUGGACACCCUGGAUGCCAGUCAAUGUUAGUCAAGAUGGGGCACGGCAAGAGCAGAGAUUUAGGUACACCUGUCGGGCACUACUACCCGACCCCCAGAAACUCCAGAUGGGCAAAAAGAAGCUGGAGACCCGUUUCUGCCCUAAUGAUGGGUCUGGAACCUGUCAGACUGACACUCUGGUUGAAGACUUGGUAAAGACAAGUGGCCGAACUCCUUCCCAGCCCCAAGGUGCCCGCUGGGGAUCCUGGGAAACAUGGUCCAGCUGUUCCCAGCAGUGUUCCAGAGGCUUCCGAACCCGGAAACGUAGCUGCUCCACAGCAGAGGGGAGGACCAACCCAAGUGCCUGCAUAGGAUCCCCAGUGGAGUAUCAGGACUGUAACCCUCAACCGUGCCCAGUAAGUGGGGCCUGGUCUUGUUGGGCAUCCUGGUCCCAGUGCUCAGCCAGCUGUGGGGGUGGGCAUUACCAGCGGACUCGGACUUGCAGCAACCCUCCCCCUACCAAUGGAGGUGACAUCUGUAUAGGCCUGCACACAGAAGAGGCCCUCUGUAAUACACAUGCCUGUGAAGGUUGGGGGGAGUGGACAGAUUGGGGGGAUUGUGAUGAGGGGGGUCUGCAGCAUCGUACUCGUCGCUGUAGUGAGGACCAGGAGGCUGAGGCCAGUCUCUGCCAGGGCAACAUCACCCAGUCCAGGCCAUGUCAGCCUCAUGAGGUGCCAGUCAUUUUACCCGGUCAGGAGGACCAGAACUGUGGAACCUUUACCUUGUUCCAGUUGAUAGCUGUGGGUGCAGCCAGUUUCUUUGCAGCAGCCCUGCUGUCAGCACUGGUCUACUCCAACUGCCACCACCUGAACCGACCGUCAGCAGAGUCCGCAGUCAUCCACCCCAGCACACCCAACCACCUCACCUACAACAAGCAGGGCAACAGCACGCCAAAGAAUGAGAAGUACAUCCCCAUGGAGUUUAAGACACUAAACAAGAACAAUCUCCAUGUGAAUGAUGAGACGUGCAACCACUUCCCGUCCCCACUGGCCUCCAGCAACAUGUUCACCACCACCUACUACCCUCCCAGCCUGAGCAAGUACGACUUCCAUCCAGAUUCCCCCUGCAGGACCUACAUGCACAGCUGAGAGAAAGCCUGGCACUAAAAAACAACUAAGCGCUUUUUAUUUGACCCAACUCCACCCUGAAGUGUU